AUGUUAGGUUUGACAGCUUCAGUCAUAGGAAUACUUGUUGCGUCCCUUGCGUCCGAGGCGGCGACGACUUCUAUCAAAACGACCCCUGCAAGGUCUUCGGAGGCGUACGCGACACUUGUUUAUGGAGAAGACUUCGUCCUAGCUGCCCGGGUGCUUGGGCAAUCUCUAAGGGAAUCUGGCACGACACGUGAUAUGGUGGCGCUGACCACGGGCUCCCUGAAGGCCAGCUCUGAGCUCACCCUGGCGGCUGAUGGCUGGCGGGUGGUGCAUGUGGCCCCCGUCAAGAACCCGGGGACAGGGCCGCAACCCACGGGCUUCCCGCCGAGGUUCGCGUACGUGUACACCAAGCUGUACAUAUUUCAGAUGACCGAAUACAAGAAAAUCGUGUUCUUGGAUGCUGAUGUGCUGGUGAUUCGCAACAUGGACGUCAUAUUCAAGUGUCCGGGCUUCUGUGCCGCCCUGCGGCACAGCGAGCGAUUCAACACGGGCGUCAUGAGCCUGGUGCCUUCCCUGGAGAUGUACGAUGACAUGAUGGCAAAGAUGCGGAGCAUGCCGUCGUACACAGGAGGGGAUCAAGGCUUCCUCAAUUCUUACUUUCCGAGCUUCGCACACUCGCCUCUAUUCGACCCCGAGACGCCGUACACACCCGACCAGUACAAAGCGGCUGCCGACAUGGAUUCCAAGUCAGCACUACAGCCGGUACAGCAGCAGCAGCAGCAGUACAUGCGGCUUCCCACCACCUUCAACGCGGACAUCGGUCUCUACGUGGUGGGCAGCAACCGCUGGAUGCUGCCGCGGUCCUCCUUGUACGUCAUACACUACACGCUGGGCCCCUUUAAGCCCUGGGUGUGGUGGUCGGGGUGGCUGGUGCGGGAGAACCCCGCAUGGCAGGCCUACCGCAACCGGCUGCGAGCUGACUCGCGGGGCCUGAGCGGCGGCCGCACCCACCGACAGCUCUUUGCGGAGAGAUGGAUGGUGUUGCUGCCCUGGGCCGUCGUCCUCACCGCAAUCUGCAUCCACUGGUCGGUCCUAGCACCCGCCCUCCUGCAUGCGGCAACCACUGCGCUGCCAGCAGUGUCGCAUUUGGUGGUGCGAUGCCGCCGCACCUCCGGCGGGCCCGGCUGCGGCGGCGGUGGGUGCGGCGGCGGCGGAUCGGCCGUGGCGACGGGGGCGGGGGUAGGGGCGCUGUCACUCGGCGGUGCCGGGACCGACACUGUACUGCGGAUGUUGGGGAGCAGCGCCGCUGGCGGCGGCGGAGGUUGCGGUGGCGGCGGGGGUUGCGGCGGCGGCGGCGGUGGCGCAGCUGGCGGGGGCAUGGAGGUGUUCCCCAAGUAUUUUAUGGCGGGAUCGCUGGCGGCGGGUUACGGCUGUGUCUUAGUAGCCGUGAUCACGACAAUCCUUAUAGUGCCAUCGGAGGUAGAACCAGUGUACGGCUGGAUCCUGAGUUACGAGUGGGGUUUCAUGCUUUUGGGCCUUACGUACGGCAGUUACUUGCGCACGUGCUACCGGUGGGGCCGUCGUGCGGGGCACAUCGCCGCAUUGCAGGUGCCCAAGCUCCACAGCGCUCCUCCCCUGCCGCUUCUGGAGACCGCCGCCUCUGCCGCCUUCCUCGUCGUGUCCCUCCUGCUGGCCCCCUGGCUGGGGGAGCUGCUGGGCAUCACCUCCUUCGCUGGGACCAUCGUGGCCACUGUGUUCAUCGGGUUGGGGGUGAUUGUGGUGAGCACAGUGCAGUUCGUGUUCCUGCCGACGCAGUGGUACCUGGCGGGACGGCUGGCGGGCAGCGGGCCGCGAGCGGCGUGACGUGGGAAAAAGGUGUGGAGAGGGAGAGAGAAUUAAAGAGAGAAGAAAACUUAAAAAAAAGAGCUGGGGAGGGGGCAUGCGGCGGGUCGGGAGGGGAUGGUGACACCACUUUAGGCUUUGGAAUUGGUGGUGGUGGUGGUGGUGGUGGUACAGGAUUGGGGCUCUGGUGGAUGGGAUAGCAGCAGGGGGUGCAUAGGAGAGUGUUUGAUUUAUUCAUUAGUUGAGUGGGGGGGCAUUGUGGGGAGGGGAGGAACAUUAGCCGAUGGGCCAAGGUGGUGUGGGGGUUUGGUGGGGCCGGAGGGCGGUGGACGGUGUUCAGGGAGGCGGGGGCGGAGGUUAUUGUUAGUGUGAAGUACAUACAAGACCACCGAACCAGUACUAAGCUACAUUCAGGAAACAGGUCCAACGCGGAUGGGGGCGGGACUUUAGAUGCUAGGAUAGGGAGGAGCAGACUCUGUGGUACUUUCUAGAAAGAGCGGAAUGUGGAGGUCCGUUGGCGAUAUCAUUGUUGUGUGUUGGGUAGAUUUGGGGAAGUGCAAUGGUGGGGUUGGAGAGGUGGUGUUUGAGCUGUUUCUUAAGAUUGUUUGUGUGUGUGUGUAUGUGUUGAACUGAGCCGUAAAGAUGGAACAUGUGAUAAGUUGCGACGGUGGUGGUAAGGUGGCGAGAGGAAGCCAUGAUGAUGGUAACAUGCCGACCAGCGCUAUGGCGCGUGCGUGUAGGGUGUGUUCUCUUAAGUAUGUAACUGAGCCGCGAAUUU